CUUCUCAGUGCACACUCAAUCGUUUGGAUCACUUCCUGGCGGUACAACUGCAGAGCUGCAACAGUGUAACUUUAUGGAAGUGAAACUAUCAGGACACUGACACACAGUAGCCAGAAGGAGCGUUGUUUUUUCAAAAUAUGUUUUAACCUUACUUUUUAUAUUCGGAAAAUAGCUCUUAGCCUGAAAAUAUAACUACAUUAACAAAUAACAGAUUGUGCUUCGCUGUUAUUGAACCAAAUCAUAAUACUCUUUAUUUGGUUAUUUCCUUAUGUCCCGCAAAUCCAGUGACCAUGAAUAUAACCUUCGAAGCUUAAGCAAUCUGAUGGGGGAGAGAAGGAAGAAACCGAACGACGAUAGUGGAGAGCGAAGCCUCAUCAAGGCUGCCUCCAGCUCCAGCAUCAACAGCCAUGCUACAGCCACCGCUGCGUCCACUGGGGACUUGGAAAGGGCAGCCCGCAAGCAAUUUCAGGAAGAUGUCACCCCGAGUUUCGUGUACGUCCUGGCGGGUUUCUCUGCGCUGGGUGGCUUUCUGUUCGGCUAUGACACUGGGGUAGUAUCGGGAGUGAUGCUCCUGCUCAAGAAAGAAAUGAAUUUGAGUGCGCUGUGGCAGGAGCUCUUGGUUUCCAGCACGGUCGGCGCAGCGGCGCUGUCAGCCCUGGCUGGCGGGGUGUUGAACGGGUUUUGGGGCCGCAGACCGUGUAUCUUACUGGCCAGCUUUCUGUUCUCAGUUGGGGCGGUAAUGCUAAGCGUUGCUCCAAGUAAAGAGAUUCUGCUCGUAGGACGCAUUGUGGUUGGACUUGGAAUAGGUGUUGCUUCCAUGACUGUACCAGUAUACAUCGCAGAGUCUGCCCCCACUCAUUUAAGAGGAAGAUUAGUUACAAUCAACACACUCUUCAUCACUGGAGGACAGUUAUUUGCGAGUGUCAUUGAUGGGGCCUUCAGUUAUCUUCCUAAGGAUGGAUGGAGAUACAUGCUGGGCCUUUCUCUUUUCCCAGCGGUUCUUCAGUUCUUUGGGUUCCUGUUUCUUCCAGAAAGUCCACGUUGGCUAAUCCAAAAAGGCAAGACACAAAAAGCUCGACGGGUUCUCAGUCAGAUCCGUGGCAAUCAAAACAUUGACGAGGAGUAUGACAGCAUCAAAACUAGCAUUGAGGAUGAGGAGAAAGAGUCUGGAGGAGAUGGUCCAGUCAUAUGGAGGAUGCUGACCUAUCCCCCAACUCGGAGAGCUCUCAUCGUGGGCUGUGGAUUGCAGAUGUUUCAGCAGCUGUCUGGCAUCAACACAGUCAUGUACUACAGUGCUACCAUCCUGCAGAUGUCAGGGGUUAAAGAUGAUAAAAUGGCAAUCUGGCUAGCAGCAGUAACAGCGUUCACAAACUUCACUUUCACUCUGCUUGGUGUUUGGUUGGUGGAAAAAGUGGGCCGCAGAAAACUGUCCCUUGGCAGUAUAGCAGGUACAGCUCUGAGCCUGUUUGUUCUAGCCGUUGGGUUUUUGGUGUCUGCCCAACACUCCCCGCCCAUCACCCUCCAUCCAGCAGACCCCUCAACUCCCAAUAACACCUGUACAACAUACGGAUUCUGCAGUGACUGUAUGCUGAAUCCAGACUGUGGGUUCUGCUACCUGCUGAAUGGCUCCUCUGUAGUUGACUCUUCCUGUGAUCAUGUCAAUAAGGCAUCUACAGGAGAAGCCGCCUGGGGCAGGUGUUCAAACGAAACAGCUAUGGCAGAUGGAACAUUUUGGGCUUACAAUUACUGUCCCACUUCCUACUCUUGGACCGUACUUAUGGGUCUUGUUAUGUAUCUUAUAUUUUUUGCACCAGGAAUGGGAACUAUGCCUUGGACAGUUAAUUCUGAGAUAUACCCACUUUGGGCCAGAAGUACAGGGAAUGCCUGUUCAUCAGGAGUUAACUGGAUGUUCAAUGUUCUGGUUUCAUUGACAUUCCUCCAUGUGACUGAGUACCUGACCUAUUAUGGUGCUUUCUUCCUUUAUUCAGGUCUUGCAGCCCUGGGGUUCCUUUUCAUCUAUGGAUGCCUUCCAGAGACGAAAGGAAAGAAACUGGAGGAAAUUGAAUCAUUAUUUGAAAACCAGCUUUGUACGUGUGGUGUUUCAGAUUCUGAUGAAGGGAGACACGUUGAAUAUAUUCGGGUGAAAGGAAGCAAUUACCAUCUUUCUGACAACGAUGCCUCUGAUGUAGAAUAAUUUAUGCUGCAGCUUUUAGUCAUUUAGUAAUUUAAAGGCCUUCUGGGGAUGAGCAGUUACUGGUGACCUCUGUACCCUGCUUCUGGUCUGUUUCUGAAUUGUGUUAUCUUCAUUAAUAUUCUGGUUUGCUCUUGUAUUUGAUGGAAAAAUAUGUUCAUUAAAUCUAUCAACCUAUUCUUCAGCUAUGAAAACCCAAAACAUGAUUUAUAUCCUGAAUUACUGUUAAUGGAACAUUCCGUUGUGCAAACAUUAAACAUUACAAAUAUCUGGAAAUUUUAAUAGCAGUCUUUUGUUUUUAGUUCCUUCAUCCUUUUACAAUUUUCAAAUAAUGAGAACAUAUGGAUGUGAAACUAGAAAUACUGCAGUUUCAGAAAAUAUGACACUGUCUUUGAUAUUAGUGCAAAUGUCAAUAUUUAAUACAAAUCUUUUUUUUCCAUCUACUACAGUGCUUUUAUGCUGCUUUACACACACUUUAAGGUUGUUGGUAUAUUUCCUCCUCAACUUUGCUUCAACUUCACCUUUCAGCUCAUUCCAAUCUUAAUAUUUUAUUGGGAUAAAUAGAAUUAUAGUCAGAAUAUAGCUCUGCUAUAUAGAGACAUGUGCAAACAUGCACAUUUGACAAUAGCAUUCGCUAUAUAGUACUAUUACACCCUGAAAUGAACAGUAUUUCGUUUUGUAGCUGCUCUACCAAAAAGGGACAUCAGGCACCAACUGCGCUAUGACACCAGAAUAAUGGAUGAAAUUUCCUAUAUUUCGGUAAGCAUUAGUAAAAUUAAUAAAUAAAUAUUGCACAUACCCAAUGCUCCAGUAUAUGGCUUACAGGCAAAUAUUAGAUGUUUUAAUAUUUAAAUUACAUAAUUAAAAAAAAAAAAUGAGAUCAUGAAAGUUCUGAUAAACUGCCAUUCAACAUUGUAUUUCAUAUUACUGUAUACAUUUAAAUUUUUUGCAGUUGUAGUACUUUUUAAAGUGGCACCUUACCGAAAGGAUGAGAGACACAAGGAAAGAUAUUCUCCAGACCAGAAGCAGACUUUUUCUACAGAACAGAUUUUGUUUUUUGUUUUUUUUUUAAUUGCAGGUAAAACAUUUACAGUUUACACAGUUGUUGCGUAUGAAAUUGCAUACUAACACUAACCUUUUUUUUAAGCAAAAGGGUAGUUAUAUGGUUUUGUGGAAAUGUUGUUUUCUGUCUUCCUCUGUAGCCUUGUGUACACAAAAUGGGUACCAAUAUCUAUCCAAGUGGCAGAGUUGAUACAUUUGUUUUAAAUGUUAAAUGUACUUUGAAAGUGUUCUGUUUUUAAAAUAAUGAAAUGCAAAUGCUGCAUUAGCUGGUAUAGUACUGUAAACACCUUAAUAGUCAGUUAUUCAUAGAUUUAAGUGUCAAGAUAAGAUUUUAAAGCUGGCUUCCGGUACCUAAGAGGAUUAAAAAUACGUUGUGUGCAUUGUUUGUGACGAAAACAUUAGAAAACAACUGCUAAUAAUAUCAAUGGUCUGUUCAAUGGUGAACAUUUUUACUUCAACAUAUCUUCUAUUUAAAGGUUAUUAUACUGUUUUGUGCCAAAUUAUCUGUAGGUGUUUACCCAAAGUCUAAUGUAAUACACAUUCUGUCAAGGUUUCUUUUUUUAUUUCUAUAGUUCACUACAGGAAUUGGACACUUGUGCAAUUAAAUGAUUAUUUAAUGAUAGUAAAAUGUGUGUAUUUUAUUUUUAAAAUGAAUGUAGGCUUGAUUAUAGGGGGAUUCACAUUGUGUUCUUAAAGAUGUAUUUUUAUGUAUUAUGAACAAGAUUUUUAAAGCACAUUUUUGCUUGGUGUUGCCAAGAUUAAUAUCAUUUUAUAGAUUGUCAGAGAAUGACAACUGGUAGCCUUCCAUUCCAGUACAAACUUAUUUUAUUACUAACAGCACCAUCUACCCAAUUAGUAUCUGAUUGGAAAACCUAGUUUACAUUUGAUACUAAGUUACGCAGACUACCCAGUUACAUCUUUGACAUGUUGAAAUUAGCAUGUAUUACCCAGCCAGUAAUCAGAAUACAAAUAGACUGGUAAAUAUGAAUAUAAUAAACUUGAAACUGUACAGUUCUAAAACAAUCAAAAUGUUUAUUCAACCAGAAUUAGGUUCCCUAAAUAUAUCAGACAUUACAAUCUUGGUAAUCUUGAAAUGAAUGUUUAUUUUUGUGUUUUUUUAUCGUUAUUCAUGGCAUCUGGAAUUGUAUUUCUAAAUAGUGAACAGAUGCAAUUUUCCUAUGUGAAACAAAUGGAAUUGAAAAUGUGUUUGUACAGUUUAUGAAAUAUUAGUGUUGUAUAGUUAAUUUGGUUCUUGUUGCUGUACAUGUUUAAUUAGAGUUUUAUCUUUAUAUAUAAACUACAUAUAUUCAUUAAAUGCAAUCACUUGACUAUGUAAAUGGUAAAUAAAUAUAAUCUAAUUACCUAGCA